AUGAGCUUUAAGCAUAGAUUUGAGACGCUUCACAAUCACAAAGGAAGCCCACCGAGCUCUUUCGGCAAAAGUGCAAUGGCGGUUCUGCAAAAAUCUGGUCCUUUUUUGAAGGAAGCCUCGCCUGAUUUUGAGAUGUUACUGACUCCCUACCACCAGGGAGCAUCCUCGGCCGAAUCAGCUCCACUUCCCCACGGCCACAUGGGCCCAAUCAUGUCUACGCCAGCUAUUUGGAUUAAUUCCGGUAAUCGCCGAGAUGGCGCUUUUGCGGAUUCAAAUUUAGGUGUCCAUCGAGCCUCGGCGCCUUCUGAACAAUCUCCCUUGAUGCAGCACUGCCAUCAUCUGUCCAUCAAUAUAUCCAUUAGCGUUCCUGGCUCACCAAACUCCAAUUCCUUUCAACCUGGCUCACCUGUUCUGCAAAUGUCGUCUUCAGCGCCAAUUUCUGUGAUUCCACUCCGACAGGAACCGGAUCAUAACCUGAGCAGGGUAGCGAACGUCAUUCCCACGACGAUACAGACAUUCAUGCAGACGCAAAUGUCUGUCUCGCGUUUUGUCUUGGCGAUUAUAUUGGUAUUUAUUAUCUGUUUGACAAUUCUGGGAAACUUGGGCAUGUACAUGUUUCCCUUGUUGUGCUUGAUGGAAAGAGUCCUUUGGCAGGAUGAUCUGAUGGGAUUCUGCGUGCGAAUCCUAUAA